GCGGAGACGCGGCAGCUACGCGCGCCCGGCAGCCUGGUCAUGGGACCGCGGGCUCCGGCCGCCGCCCGACUUCGGGGACGGCCCGGGGCGGAGCGCGCGGAAGCCCGAGGGUCCCGGCCAGGCGGCCGUGGCGCCGCGGGUCCCCGGCCCUGAAAGACCCCGCCCCGCCCCGCCCCCGCGCCCUGACCGGAGGCUACCCACCCAGAAGCAGGCCGUCCAUGUCGAAGAUGAGGGUGAGCCUGGUGUCCCUGGCUAAUCGCCACCAAGAGCUGAGCCGCUGCAGCAGCACAUGGUGAUCUUUCCUCUCGCUCUUCCGCAGGACGACCCUCCAGACCGUGGGGAAUCCAUACCCGGGAAGAUGAGGGUCCUUUUCCUUCUGCUGCUGUUUCUGUGCGAAACCCAGAGCCACGCAGCACCAAGGCCAAACAUCGUCCUCCUGAUGGCGGACGACCUUGGCAUCGGAGACCCUGGCUGCUACGGCAACAAGACUCUCAGGACUCCCAACAUUGACCGACUGGCCAGAGAGGGAGCGAAGCUCACGCAGCACCUGGCGGCCUCACCCCUCUGCACGCCCAGCAGGGCCUCCUUCCUGACGGGCCGGUACUCCGUGCGAUCAGGAAUGGCGUCUUGGAACAGAUUUGGAGUUUACAUCUUCACAGCUUCCUCGGGCGGACUUCCCUCCAGCGAGAUCACGUUCGCUAAACUUCUGAAGAGUCAGGGCUACUCCACCGCCCUGAUAGGGAAGUGGCACCUGGGGCUGAACUGUCACAACAGGACUGACUUCUGCCACCACCCCUUGCGACACGGCUUCGACCACUUCUUCGGCACCCCCAUGACCAACCUGAGGGACUGCAAACCGGGGGAGGGCACGGUCUUCGCCAGGGCCCACCGCUGGCUGGUGUUCGUGCCCCUGCAGGUCAUCGGGGUGGCCGUGCUGACCCUGGGCGUGCUGCGCUGCCUGGGGCUGCUCCACGUGCCCCCCGGCGUCUUCAUCUGCCUCCUGCUCCUGGCGGCCCUCCUCCUCCUCCUGUUCCUGAGCUUCCUGCACUUCUUCCGGCCGCUCAACUGCUUCCUGAUGAGGAACUACGACAUCGCCCAGCAGCCCAUGUCCUUCGACAACCUCACCCAGCGGCUGACGGCGGAGGCCACGGGCUUCAUUCGACGGAACGCUGAGACGCCCUUCCUGCUCUUCCUCUCCUUCCUUCACGUGCACACGGCCCACUUCUCCUCCAGAGAGUUCGCCAAGAAGAGUCAGCACGGCCCUUACGGGGACGGCGUCGAGGAGAUGGACUGGAGCGUUGGGCAGAUCUUGGAUGUCCUCGAGGAGCUGAAGCUGGCCCAAGACACCCUGGUCUACUUCACCUCGGACCACGGCGCCCACGUGGAAGAGGUGUCCGCCAAGGGGGAGCCACAUGGCGGCAGCAACGGGAUCUACAAAGGAGGAAAAUCAAAUAACUGGGAAGGAGGCAUUCGAAUUCCAGGUAUCCUUCGAUGGCCAGGGGUGAUACCGGCUGGUCUGGAGAUUGACGAGCCCACAAGCAACAUGGAUAUAUUUCCUACAGUAGCCAAACUAGCUGGAUCACCUUUGCCCAAAGACAGGAUCAUCGACGGACGGGAUCUGAUGCCCCUGCUGGAAGGGAGGAGCCGCCGCUCGGAGCACGAGUUCCUCUUCCAUUACUGCAACGCCUACCUGAGCGCCGUGCGCUGGAGCCCGCGGAACGGCACGUCCAUCUGGAAAGCCUUUUACUUCACGCCCAAGUUCAACCCCGAGGGCGCCAAUGGCUGCUUCGGCACCCACGUGUGCUACUGCCUGGACAAUUACGUCACCCACCACGACCCGCCUCUGCUCUUCGAUAUCGCCAGAGAUCCGAGCGAGAGAAACCCCCUCACCCCGGACACUGAACCCCGGUUCCACGACAUUCUGAGCGUCAUGCAGGAAGCUGCAGACCACCACACCAAGACCCUGCCGGCAGUCCCCAACCAGCUGUCAGUGGGCAACAUCAUGUGGAAACCGUGGCUCCAGAUCUGCUGUUCCUCCUCCUCUGGUCUGUCCUGUCAGUGCGACCGACAGAAAGGGGAUCCAGGAGUGGGAAACUAGCCGCUGGCCGGGCACAUGCCCUGGGCUGCUUUAGGAGUGCUGGGGUCAAGCUGAGCCUGUCCCUUCCUCGGCGACUCUCUCACCAUCGGCCGGGGCAAGGUCUGGAGAGGCCGGUUCUCUUUGGCCUUCCAGGACCCAAGUCUCGGGGCUCCUGCCAGCGGGAUGGAGAGACAUUCAUACCUAACACCACUUAGAUGGGGACUAAGGUGCAGAGGGACUUCGCUGUCCCCUGGGCAGAUAUAAGGGAUCCACAGUGGACAGCGCCCUUCACUUGAUUAUCUGCAGCUAAGCAGUGUCCAAACUCUGAGGCGGACGAUCGGAUUUAGAAAGAGUUCCUUAGAUCUUAACUCGUGCAAGUUCGGAAGGGACGAAGCUUAGAAAGGAAGACCAUCAUCUUUUGCUAACGGCCAAUAGUGGUCAUUUCUAGUUUGGUUAUGGAAAGGCAAAUCAGUAUUACCCGAAUUAGACAAGAACACCUGAUAAAUGCUACUCAUAUAUAUCAUAGAUAAUUACACAUUAUAUACAUAAGUAGAUAUAAAUAGAAAGACACUUAUAAAUACAUAUAUAUUUAUAUAUGCAUAUAUAUACGCAGUUGAUUUCUUUACCCAAGAGGGUUGAGAAGUCCAUGAUGUUACCACUAUUUAAAACCAGUAAAAGCUCACAGUUGUAUUCGACAAAUGUACUGUGAAAUCCUUCCGUAACGUCAGUCUCCCUUGAACCUGAUUUCCAUUUGGGGUUCGAUGGCUUUGAUUUCCAUCCCAACA